UGUGAUAGUUUCUUUACGAAAUACAUGGUGCGGCGUUCCAUUUGUCCAGGUGAUGUCUAUGUUUCUUUGGAUUUCCACGUACGUAGGUUAUUAUAUACUCCGUAUGUGUGUAUACCCAUGAAAAGAAUCUCAAGUUUUCUGGGAAGUUAGAACAACGACGUCCUUAGCUUUUAUAGACCUAGCUACACCAUCAUGGUUAUUAGUUCAUCAUCUGCAAAUAAGCCGUCUUCUACAUUGAGAAAAGGAGCAUGGACGCAAGAAGAAGAUAAUACCCUGCGAAACUGCAUUGACAAAUAUGGUGAAGGAAAAUGGCAUCUCGUCCCUACUAGAGCCGGGCUGAAUAGGUGCAGGAAAAGUUGUCGAUUGAGAUGGUUAAACUAUCUCCGUCCUGAUAUAAAGAGAGGUCAUUUCGGUUUGGAUGAAGUUGAUCUCAUUCUGCGCCUCCAUAAACUCUUAGGCAAUAGGUGGUCGCUUAUAGCUGGCAGAAUUCCGGGAAGAACGGCAAAUGAUGUGAAGAACUACUGGAACACUCAUCUUCAGAGGAAGAAGACAGAGUUUCCUAUGGCGGCUUCUUCCACGCAAGAAAAGGGGAAGAGGAAAGCCCCCAAAAUCACAGAAUGCUCUGCCGUCAUCAGACCUCGGCCUUCCAGAUUCUUAAUCAACCCCGCACCUCGAAAACAGUCAACUGUCGGAGAAAGUACCGAUGAUUUUCCGGCAGCCCAACAGGGCACAGCGCCGCCGCUACCUCCGUCAACGUCGUCGCCGGUGGAUUUGAGGCGGGAUGACAGUUUCCAAGAAAGGGCUGAUUUAGUUGCAAAUCUUUCGCCUGAAGAAACUUUAUCCGAUACAAUGCAGUGGUGGGAAGAUUUCCUCGUGGGUGAUGAAGAAACCACAUCCAUAGAGGAAGGAGAAAUUGGUUGGGGAGAUUUUCCCAUUGAUAUGGACCUUCUAGAGCUUUUAAGCUAAUAAGAGGAGAUUUAAUUAACAAAUCUAAGAGAAUCUCCAUAAUUCAUAGGGUAAAUUUUUACAUGUGAGCUCCAAUUUGUAUCUCAUAUUUGUUUUUAUAAAAAUAUGAAUGAAAUAAUAAUGACAAAUAUAUCACUACACUAAAAUUUAUGAAUAAUUAUGUGAAUCUUUAUAUAAAGUUAUCAUAUUGGAACAGUAUAGUGCUUGUAGAAUUAAUGAAAUUCAAU